AGAUGAGGUUACUAUAUUGGAACCAGAAAGGUAUCAAAGCAGACACUUACACAAGCAAGCCAUAACAGCUUCAGGUACCGCCAAUACCAAAGGCUUCUAAACUUGUGAAAUAUAUAUGUGAUGCGGAAAUUAAGGAAAAGGUCAUACAAGUAAAACCAACAACAUUAUCCAACGAUAAUUACCAAUUACCUGUUGAAGUAAUAGAUAUUAAAAUGACUUCGGAAGACCUUUUGCAACCAGGUCACGUGGUCAAAGAACGAUGGAAAGUUGUGCGAAAAAUAGGUGGUGGGGGGUUUGGAGAAAUUUAUGAAGGGCAAGACUUGAUAACUCGCGAACAAGUUGCGCUAAAAGUGGAAUCAGCACGUCAGCCAAAACAAGUUCUAAAAAUGGAGGUAGCCGUUCUAAAGAAAUUGCAAGGCAAAGAGCAUGUUUGCCGCUUUAUAGGUUGUGGACGAAAUGACCGUUUUAAUUAUGUUGUUAUGCAACUGCAAGGAAAAAACCUUGCUGAACUACGUCGAGCACAACCUCGUGGAGCAUUUUCGUUGAGUACUACCUUGCGACUUGGACUGCAGAUAUUAAAAGCUAUAGAAUCCAUACAUUCAGUAGGAUUUUUACACCGUGAUAUUAAACCUAGCAACUUUUCUAUUGGACGUUUACCCUACAAUUGCCGUCGGGUAUAUAUGUUGGAUUUUGGGCUUGCUCGUCAGUAUACGACAGGUACAGGAGAGGUCCGUUGUCCCCGUGCUGCGGCUGGAUUUCGGGGCACUGUACGAUAUGCAUCUAUAAAUGCGCAUCGAAAUCGUGAAAUGGGACGUCAUGAUGAUUUGUGGUCCUUAUUUUACAUGUUAGUUGAGUUCGUGAACGGCCAAUUACCGUGGCGUAAGAUUAAAGAUAAGGAGCAAGUAGGCUUUACGAAAGAGAAGUAUGAUCACCGCAUUUUACUAAAGCACUUGCCUUCCGAUUUAAAACAAUUUUUGGAACAUAUACAAUCGCUCGCUUACGCCGAUCGCCCCGAUUAUGCGAUGUUGAUCGGGUUAUUCGAGCGCUGUAUGAAACGUCGAGGAGUAAAAGAUUCUGAUCCCUAUGAUUGGGAAAAGAUAGAUACUGUUAAUGCAACUACUAGUCAAACAACAAAUACUGUUCAAAUACUGGGUAAAAACGAAUAUGCACAUGGAAAUACUACGCAGAUGACAGUUGCUGCGUCAAAUGUUAGCGGGACAGAAUAUCCACGUCACCGUAAUGAUAUGGACACAGCAUUACUUGCUUCAACAGACCCCAUAAAUGGAAAGGAAAAAGUUGACAAAAAUUGCAACGCACCCUUACCACAGAUCGACGGUCUUUUGUUGAAUAUGAGCUCCUGCAAUCAGAACACUUUUCAGAAGACAAAUCCAGGGCAAACAGCAAAUUUAACAGGUUCUGCAAAUGCCCAUUGCGUUAAAACAGUUGACCAAACUCAUGAUCAGAAAACACAACCAAAGUUACCAUCUCAACCACACUUGAAUGCACCCCAAAUAACUUUAUUUUUGCCGUCAGCAGCACCAAAUUUGUCUAAUUCCACUGGUGUAAUAAAACCAUCUACAGUUACGGGCUCCAAUCGUUCAGAUUGUGCUGGUUCGGUUACAGGCUCCACACCUCCAUUGAACAGUCACAAACACCAUCCAAAGCAGCAAUUUAUUCACGGACAUUCACACGUUCAAGCUAGAUCAAAUUCACCUUCCGCGCAAACUGUACGCAAAAAUUAUUCAUCUCCUAUACAGGUACGUUAAGUCUAUGUCAAUCGCUAUGUGUCUAUGUCUAUGUCUCUUUGUAUACUUAAAUCUUUAAAAUUACGCAACGGAUUUUGAUGCGGUUUUUUUAAUAGAGUGACUGAAGAGGAAGUUUUAUAUGUAUAAUAACAUCCAUUAAAUAGUGGAGAAAUACUGUUAUUUUUAAAGUUUCUAAUGUGAUGUCGUAAAUAAUUACAUUUUUCCGCUUACAUUGCAAACGUAGGCUGAACCCUACACCCUGAUUUAUUAAAAGAGUGUACUAAGUAUUGUAUAUAUACAUAUAUAAGUACCCAUUGAUAAGGUAUACAGAAACUCCGCGAUGAUACAUGUCGAUCGCUUAUAGAUCCAACAAUAAAAUUUUUUAGCAUUUACUUUUUCGACAAAUAGUGGCUUCUUUUCGAAGCGAUUUUAACAAAUACAGUAUAAAUCCUUGUCCAUUUAAAUACCUUAAAUACAUUAUAGAUUAAAUAUGGAUCUAUAUGGUCCUUUAAGAAUAUAAUUUAAA